AUGACCGUCCAGACACGGAGGCAUUCCUCCGCCUACAAGGCCAACUCUAACCGUGUCCCCGACACCAUCGAUCUCGAAAAACAGCCCUCCGGUGCCCGAUAUAAGCGUCGCCGUCGCAGCUCUUUCGAUUCGGAUAGCGAUUUCGAGUCAUCGCCGCCACCUCAGGCCGUCGCUACUUCCUACCAGCAGGCUCAGCAGCAGCCCAUGUUAGCACCCGCAGCCCUGCGGCGCACGCGCGCCGGGGUGGGCUUCCGUGUUCCUAAUAGGAUCAUGCGAUGGCUCUGCCUAGCGCUGUUUUCGGGUCUUGUACUUUUUAUCGUUACCCUUUUCCGAUUUACGCUUGCCUCAUCUGUGAUGAACGUUCAUAUCGAUUUGCCGAGGCCGAUGGCUAGACCGCCGGUAUGGGAGAGCUUUCCGUUUUUGAAGAGGUACCAAGGUGGUCUGAAAAGUCUGGUACCGCGUAAGGAUAAUGCGCCGGAAUACCCUGGAGAUGGAUCGGAGGAAUUGGGAUUGGGGGCAGCAGAUGCCAUUGCGGAGGAAAACAACGACAUUCAAUCCAGAGACAAUGGGGAUCUUCCGUUCUCCAGCUCGGUGUUUAAUCCUUACCCCGAGUAUUCGUCGCCGGAGUACGUGAAGAAAUAUGGCGAGAAGCGCGAGUGUUUCUUGGAUGAAGAGCAAACGGUCAAGGUUCCGCAGGUCCACCACUUCCCUGGUGUUCCUCGUGGGUUCCCCGAUGCUGUUAUUGGUUCUAAUGAGGUGCUUGGGAUGAAAGAUGAUGUCUGUUUCGACCGGUUCGGUCGUCUUGGUCCUUACGGGUUAGGAUACAGUGUCAGGAGAGGAGGCAUCGGUGCAGGAUUGGAGGGCCAUCGCGACGGCUCUGAACGUGUCUGGGAGGAUCACCCUCCGGUGGAUUUCCGCAAGGUGGACUGGGCUGCUGCUCAAAACCGUUGUGUCGCCAGCAACAACCAUCGCUUUAAGGAUUUUCCAGAGGCGCGACCGGAUCGCUUCUUGUCCAUGCCUGUCGGUGUUCCCAAACAUGAGAAGCCAUUGCCUGUGGACGACCAAAAGCACCCACCGAAAACUGGAACGGACCGUUUGCCUCGGACAGCCGUCGUUAUCCGGACUUGGGCUGAUUUCCGUUACACACCCGAAGACAUUUUGUACAUGCGCUCCCUGAUUUCUGAGCUUUCGCUUCUGUCGGGUGGAGAGUAUGUGGUACAUUUCCUCGUCCACGUAAAGGACCUAAACUUGCAAAUCUGGGCUGAUGACGAAACCUACGAGCGGGUACUCAAUGAUUCGCUCCCGGAGGAAUUCCGCGGAAUGGGAACUCUUUGGUCGGAGAAGCAGAUGGAACUCAUGUACCCGGGUCUGGAGGAGACUGGGAUGCGAGGCCUGCCGAUUUACGGUGUUUACCGGAGUACCUUCAUGUGCAUGCAAUACUUUGGCCACCAACAUCCGGAAUAUGACUACUACUGGAAUUGGGAGAUGGACGCGCGCAACACCGGUCACUGGUACCAUUUCUUUGAAAAGGUCUCCAGCUGGGCCAGAGCACAGCCCCGGAAGGGUCUUUGGGAACGCAGUGCUCGAUUCUACGUCCCAUCUGUGCACGGAUCCUGGGAGGAUUUCAAGCAAAUGGUUCGGGUACAAACCGAGACUGGCACUAACAGCCCCAACAACAUGUGGACAGACCCGACCAAAGGAGGACCUGGAAUUGGUCGAGGUUCAUGGCAGGGUCAGGGCGACCAGUCUAUCUGGGGUCCCGUGCGCCCAGUUGAGCAGGACGUCCUCGAGGUGGAAGGCGAAGGCAUCCCCCCGACCACAAUGGAAAAGGACAAAUACGAAUGGGGCGUUGGCGAGGACGCAGAUCUGAUCGUGUUUAACCCGCUUUACGAUCCCGAAGGCACGACCUGGAUUCUCCGCGACGACGUAACAGGCUACAACAAGGACAACGGCAUGCCGCCUCGCCGCACCGUUAUCAUCACCGCCUCGCGCCUCUCCCGCAAACUCCUCCAAACCAUGCACAAGGAAACCAGCCUCAAGCGCCACAGCAUGUUCUCCGAAAUGUUCCCCGCAACCACCGCCCUCCACCACGGCUUCAAGGCCGUCUCCGUCCCACACUCAAUCUACAUGGACCGCCGCUGGCCAACAACCUACCUCGAAUCCGUCUUCAACGCCGGCCGCAACGGCGCGUCUGGUGGUGCUCGGACAGCCAUCUUCGGCGAACGUGAGCACAACUUCCGUGGUACGACCUUUUUCUACUCCGCGGGCUUCUCGCCCAACCUCUGGAGACGCUGGCUCGGGUACCGGGUUGACAAUGACGGUGGGGAACAGGAGGAGCUGGCAGGAGAGGGGCGGAUGUGUCUGCCGCCGAUGCUAUUACAUCCGAUCAAGGAAGUAGACAUGGUGAUUGACGAUGGGGAAAAGGCUGGUUCCCGAUAA